GCUCCUCCCUGGAGCAGAGAAACCAGUUUGUCCGGUCCGACAGAGCGGAGGGAAAAGGGCGGCCGCCGAGGAAGGGCGCACUGACGCGGGGCGGGGGAAGGCGGGGAGCCCUUGGCGAGCCACGAGAGCCGGAGGAGUCGCGGCCAACUGGACAGGCUUCCCGGGGCCCCCGGCCAGCCCCUGUGUGCCAUGCAGCGCUAGCGCAGCCGCAGCGCUGGGGCCGGGCGGGAGGCGGCCAGGUGCGCACAAGCCUUGGAGCGGCGCGCACCCCGCGGAUGCCCCAGCUGGGGCCCAGUGAGCACUAGGUAGUUUCAGUUUGUCAGCAGAAUGAACACAGAAAGAGACUCAGAAACAACAUUUGAUGAGGAUUCUCAGCCUAACGAUGAGGUGGUUCCCUACAGUGAUGACGAAACUGAAGACGAACUUGAAGAUCAGGGGCCUGCACUUGAGCCAGAGCAGAAUCGCAUCAACAGAGAGACAGAGAACAAGCGGGAGACAUUCCGGAAAGAUUGCACGUGGCAAGUCAAAGCAAAUGAUCGCAAGUUCCAUGAACAACCUCAUUUUAUGAACACCAAAUUCUUUUGUAUUAAGGAGAGCAAAUAUGCGAAUAAUGCCAUUAAAACAUACAAGUACAACGGAUUUUCCUUUCUACCCCUGAAUUUAUUUGAACAAUUUAAGCGAGCAGCCAAUUUCUAUUUCCUGAUCCUUCUUAUCUUGCAGGCCAUCCCUCAAAUCUCCACCCUGGCAUGGUAUACCACACUUGUACCCCUACUUCUGGUGCUGGGCAUCACAGCAAUCAAAGACCUAGUAGAUGAUGUGGCUCGCCAUAAAAUGGACAAGGAAAUCAACAAUAGGACAUGUGAGGUCAUUAAGGAUGGCAGGUUCAAAAUCAUCAAGUGGAAAGACAUCCAAGUUGGAGACGUCAUUCGCCUGAAGAAGAACGAUUUCAUUCCUGCUGACAUUCUGCUGCUGUCCAGCUCAGAGCCCAACAGCCUCUGCUAUGUGGAAACGGCUGAGCUCGAUGGGGAAACCAAUUUGAAGUUCAAAAUGGCCCUUGAAAUCACAGACCAGUAUCUCCAAACAGAGGAUAACUUGGCGACAUUUGAUGGCUUCAUUGAAUGUGAAGAACCAAACAACCGGCUAGACAAGUUCACGGGCACCCUGUUUUGGAGGAAACGGAGCUUCCCUUUGGAUGCUGACAAAAUCCUGCUACGUGGCUGUGUGAUUAGGAACACCGAUGUCUGCCAUGGCUUGGUCAUUUUUGCAGGCGCUGACACUAAGAUAAUGAAGAAUAGUGGGAAAACCAGAUUUAAAAGAACAAAAAUUGACUACUUGAUGAACUACAUGGUGUACACGAUCUUUAUUGUGCUCAUCUUGGUUUCUGCCGGCCUCGCCAUUGGCCACGCUUAUUGGGAAGCACAAGUUGGCAAUUAUUCCUGGUACCUCUAUGAUGGAGAAAAUGCCACACCCUCCUACCGGGGCUUCCUGAAUUUCUGGGGCUACAUCAUUGUGCUGAACACCAUGGUGCCCAUCUCUCUCUACGUCAGUGUGGAAGUUAUCCGUCUGGGACAAAGCCACUUCAUCAACUGGGACCUGCAGAUGUACUAUGCCGAGAAGGACACGCCUGCGAAGGCGAGGACCACCACGCUGAAUGAGCAGCUAGGACAGAUUCAUUACAUCUUCUCCGACAAGACGGGGACACUCACGCAAAAUAUCAUGACCUUCAAAAAGUGUUGCAUUAACGGGCAAAUCUACGGAGACCAUCGGGAUGCUUCUCAGCACAGUCAUAGCAAAAUAGAGUUAGUGGAUUUUAGCUGGAAUACAUUUGCUGAUGGAAAGCUUGCAUUUUAUGACCAUUACCUGAUUGAGCAAAUCCAGUCAGGGAAAGAGCCGGAAAUCCGACAGUUCUUCUUCUUGCUUUCCAUUUGCCAUACAGUCAUGGUGGACAGAAUUGAUGGGCAGCUCAACUACCAGGCAGCCUCUCCUGAUGAAGGUGCCCUGGUGAACGCCGCCAGGAACUUCGGCUUUGCCUUCCUCGCCAGGACACAGAACACUAUCACGGUCAGUGAGCUGGGCACAGAAAGGACCUACAAUGUGCUCGCCAUUCUGGACUUCAACAGUGACCGGAAGCGGAUGUCUAUCAUUGUGCGGACCCCAGAAGGCAGUAUUCGGCUAUACUGUAAAGGCGCAGAUACCGUAAUUUAUGAGCGGCUCCAUCCGAUGAAUCCUACGAAGCAAGAAACACAGGAUGCCCUGGAUGUCUUUGCUAGUGAGACUCUCCGAACCCUGUGCCUGUGCUACAGGGAAAUUGAAGAGAAGGAGUUUGCAGAAUGGAACAAAACGUUUAUGGCCGCCAGCGUGGCCACCACCAACCGGGAUGAAGCUUUGGAUAAAGUGUACGAAGAGAUUGAGAAGGAUUUGAUUCUCUUGGGGGCUACUGCUAUUGAAGACAAGCUACAAGACGGAGUUCCAGAAACCAUUUCAAAACUUGCUAAAGCUGACAUUAAGAUCUGGGUACUUACAGGAGACAAAAAGGAAACUGCGGAAAACAUAGGUUUUGCCUGUGAACUUCUGACAGAAGACACUACUAUCUGCUACGGGGAGGACAUAAAUUCUCUUCUUCACACGAGGAUGGAGAAUCAGAGAAACAGAGGUGGAGUCUCAUCGAAGUUUGUACCCCCUGUGUAUGAACCCUUUUUUCCACCUGGAGAAAACCGCGCCUUAAUCAUCACCGGCUCGUGGUUGAAUGAAAUCCUUCUAGAGAAGAAGACCAAGAGAAGUAAGAUCCUAAAACUGAAGUUCCCAAGGACGGAGGAAGAGAGACGGAUGCGGACACAGAGUAAGAGACGGCUGGAAGAGAAGAAAGAACAGCGGCAGAAGAACUUUGUGGACCUGGCCUGCGAGUGUAGCGCCGUCAUCUGCUGUCGCGUCACCCCCAAGCAGAAGGCCAUGGUGGUAGACCUGGUGAAGAGGUACAAGAAGGCCAUCACGCUAGCCAUUGGAGAUGGGGCCAAUGACGUGAACAUGAUCAAAACCGCCCACAUUGGUGUUGGAAUAAGUGGACAAGAAGGAAUGCAAGCUGUCAUGUCCAGUGACUAUUCUUUUGCUCAGUUCAGAUACCUGCAGAGGUUGCUGCUGGUCCAUGGCCGGUGGUCUUACAUAAGAAUGUGCAAGUUCCUACGCUACUUCUUUUACAAGAACUUUGCGUUUACUUUAGUUCACUUCUGGUACUCCUUCUUCAAUGGCUACUCGGCACAGACGGCGUACGAGGACUGGUUUAUCACCCUGUACAAUGUGCUCUACUCCAGCUUGCCUGUACUCCUCAUGGGGCUGCUUGACCAGGAUGUGAGUGACAAACUGAGCCUCCAGUUCCCUGGGUUGUACGUAGUGGGACAGAGGGACACACUAUUCAACUACAGGAAGUUCUUCGUCAGUUUGCUGCAUGGGGUCUUAACAUCCUUGGUCCUCUUCUUCAUACCCCUUGGCGCUUACCUACAAACGGUGGGACAGGAUGGAGAGGCACCUUCAGACUACCAGUCCUUCGCCGUCACAGUGGCCUCAGCUCUAGUAAUAACGGUCAAUUUCCAGAUUGGCUUGGAUACUUCUUACUGGACCUUCGUGAACGCGUUUUCAAUUUUUGGAAGCAUCGCAUUGUACUUUGGCAUCAUGUUUGAUUUCCAUAGCGCCGGGAUACAUGUUCUCUUCCCAUCUGCCUUUCAGUUCACAGGUACCGCGUCCAAUGCCCUGAGACAGCCAUAUAUUUGGCUGACCAUCAUCCUGACCGUCGCAGUGUGCUUACUGCCUGUUGUCGCCAUCCGCUUCUUAUCAAUGACCAUCUGGCCAUCAGAAAGCGAUAAGAUCCAGAAACAUCGGAAGCGAUUGAAGGCCGAAGAGCAGUGGAAACGGCCACAGAACGUGUUCCGGAGGGGAGCAUCUUCCAGGCGCUCGGCCUAUGCCUUCUCUCACCAGAGAGGCUAUGCGGACCUCAUCUCCUCCGGCCGCAGCAUCCGCAAGAAGCGCUCGCCCCUGGAUGCCAUUAUCGCAGAAGGCACCGCUGAGUACAGGCGCACAGUGGAGAGCUGAGCGCUGGUGAAACGUCCUUUUUUUUUAAUUCAAGACUCAGGACCUUUUUUAAGAACUAACAGACAAACUGAGUUUGUCACAGAGCUACCGAGGACAAUGACCUUUAUAAUAAACGUCUAGGGCUGAGCUGUUAUGCAAUAGCAAAGCCAAGAGGUUACCUGUUAUUCAGCUGAUUAUGUCUGCUGAGAUUCAAAGGGAACGUCUGAAUCCAGGCUCAAUGGAAGGCAAUUUCCACUCAAAGAUGCUACUGCACUAUAAAAUUACAAUGACACUGUGGUCUCGAACAUGAUCCCUCAGAGGCACUUCCUGCUGCUUGUCACUUUGUUUAAAACAAAAAUUGUUUUUAAUUUAUGAGUGCAGUAACAAAAAAAUUCGUAACGUGUAUCCCCUGACACGAAGUGGUUGAGUGGCUUUUUAAGAGCUGGUGUUUGGCUUCCUGCUGCUUUACACCCAGUUAUAAAAUUGGAAAUGAGUUUCCUUGAUUGAAUGUUUAAAUGCAAAGUUUCGUUCUGGCUUUGAUUCACCACCAGGUUAAAUAACGCAUUCCAUAUUUUUACUACUUCAUGUUUUAGCAUUUCCCUGCAGUACCAGUGGUUUGUCUCCAUAUUUUAAUUUUUCCAAAAUUGAUUUUUAAAAGCUGAAGACAUUAUCAACUAGUAUUAAGUAAGUCCCAUUUGGAUAAGAGAAAUAAAUUGUGGAGUUUGUUGUGCAGUAAAGGAUUAUGGGUAAUGGUAAUGGAAUAUAUGUUUCUGAAAUGCUAGAAAACAGGGAUUUGAAUGUUUCCAUUCAAACAAGUGAUACUGUUUGAAGAAAUGGAAAAACCCUGGUGUCAACAUUGUACAAUAUACACAUGCCCCAUGGCAGGCUACCUUGUGGCUUGUUGGUAAAUCCUGGGUCUUAAGUCCUGUCUCAGUACCAAAAAAAGAAAGAAAAAAGAAGAAAAAAAAAAGAAAAAUAUCACAUGGUGUCCCAUACAUAUGCACAAUUAUGGACCAAUUAAAGUUAACUAUUUGGAAAAGAACAGGAAGGUGCCCACUGAAAAUUUAGCUGUAGGUUUCCUUUGGAAGACAAUACCACUUUAGCUCUUAGGAGCCACUGGAUACAUUAGAGGGCAGACACACUUUGUCAUCGGAUCUUGAAGUUCCUACUACUACGUACCACAGGUGAGAGUGACAUAGGUACCCAGUCUACAAAGUGUCUUCAAACGGCUGCCCAUGGCUGCAUCCAGCCAAGGAUAACUAUGGAUGCAGCCAACCCAACACAAAAAAACUGUAAAUUUAUUUAAAACAUUAUGUGAUCGUAUGUACGCAUUUACAUGAAUGAUUCCAUUGCUUGGUUCUCUAGUGUGAGCUCUGUACAUUGUCUGUCACCAGGUCUGGAGCUUGGAUGUACCUGGUAGGGAGUCUGGGGAACUUUCCCCUGUGUUUCUUGGAAGUGAAAGAGAGGUCUCCUGUUCAAAACAGAUAAUGUUUAAACAAACAAACCAAAAUCCCAGAGGGCAUUGACAAUACAUUUGGGGACACCCCGCUCCCCACUCCACAGAUGGGGGUUUCUCUGUCUAACAGUCCUAGCUGUCCUAGAACUAGCUCUUAUAGACCAGGCUGGCCUCAAACUCAAAGAGAUCUGCUUGCCUCUGUCUCCUGAGCACUGGGAUUGAAGGCAUGCACCACCACCACCACCCAGUGGAACCAUUUUAUAGAAUUGUCCGUUAAAAAGAAAAUGCUUAUGUACCCCCUUCCUACAAAAUAUUGUAUGCCAGUCUUUUAGGAUCCUCACGCUGGCAUCUGUCUUAUGUCUAAGACAAAAGAACAGUAUUUUUUUUUAUUUUGAAAAACCCUUAGGUAAGUAAGGAAAAUACCCUUGAAAAGGUAACUUAAUUUUUUUUUCAGAGAUGACUUCUCAUUUUGUAUUUUUCACAAAGCAGUUCCCCUGCUCUAGCGAAGAUGUAGAUGGGUUGCAGGAGGCGAUUUUUGCCCCUUGCUAAUGUCCAUAUCGGCCUGUGAAUUCCCAAGAGGAAACCAUGUGUGUAGUUCAUCUUCUGUACACAGGACAGGGAAAUUUGAUUGUAAUUUUAUAAUGCUUUUUCUAGGUAUGAUGAAAGAAUGUAUGCCUAUCCUAUGGAGGUAAAUUUUUGAAAGUUUACAACUUUUCCUUGUAAAUAAGAAGAAUUGUAUGUUUUUUCUCUUUUUUUACAGAAAAUUUAGCUUGUGUAAUUUUGUCACUUUCAGCUUUUUCGAAUGGUGGGAAAGGUUGACAAUGCAUAUGUGUCAAAGACUUACACUGUUGGGUGCAAUAUUAAUAAUUUUGAAAUGCAAAUCAUAAAUUAUUUCUAUAUGCUGUAAA